AGCUCGCGGCUCGAGUACCAAACCAGUACCAGUAGUACCACAUUCUAGUGAAGAGAACUGAUCGCGACCGGUUCAAUCGCCAGCUAACGCUGCAUAACCAGCACACACGACAGUCCCGCCGCGAAAUGUUUCCAACUUUCCUAUUGUGAAAAGUAACGAGUCGAAGAAGAAGAAAAAGAAGUAUUCACAUCUGUUGGAUAUUUGGAUAAGAACAAGGAUCAACAUCAGCUCAUCGUCGAGGCGGAAGAGAUGGAUUCGAAGAAAACGAAUGCCCGCCUGUGCCAUAUCAUGAAGUGGGACAACUUCGAUGGCUACGGCUUCGACCUGCACGCGGAAAAGAGCAAGCCCGGCCAGUUCAUCGGUAAGGUGGAUGCCAAGUCGCCAGCGGAGUCUGCAGGUCUGCGGCAAGGUGACCGCAUCAUCGAAGUGAACGGCGAGAACAUCUCCAACAAGACCCACAAGCAGGUCGUCGAGCUCAUCAAAGCCGUUCAAGGAGAGACUAAACUCCUCGUGAUCGAUCCCGACGAGGAUAGUCCGGUUAACAACAUCAUCCCGGACAUUGCUAAGAACGCGACGGACAAAUCCUCAAAGGAGUCCAACGAGAACGGCACUCUAAAUCUGAACAUGACGGCAGCCGAGCUGCGGGCCAAGUUGGCCGCCAGAAAGAAGUUCGACCCAAAGAAGGAAACCAUGGAUUUCAAAAAGAAAUUCGACAUCAUACAGAAACUCUAAAAAUACGGCGUCUCAGUGUCCUUCGUAGAGGGAAUUACAACAAAAAUAAGUAUCACGCCUAACAACAGAAAACAAAUAAUUAAAAUAUCAG